AUGCUUCUUUUCUGCUGUUGUUUGCAGCAAAGGGUCUCAAACCUCAGGUCAGGGUUCCUUCAAAAGAGACCCCAGAACUGCUUCUUUGGCGUAGAAACCUGGGCUGAGCUGGUCUGGGAAUACUGGGAGCCAGGGUUAGAGUAUACCAAAUCUCUGGUCCUUAAAAGCAUACAUGGAAAACUCCAGAAACUCACAUUCAGACCGCCUUCAUCCAAGUUCUUCAGCACACCAUUUCCUCAGACCAUCCGUCUGAGCCCAGGAACAUCUUUCUCUCUUCCGGUUACUUUUCACCCUCUUGAGAAGUGUGAAUGUGUGGACGCAAUAGAGUUUGAGUGUAAAGAAGGCACAUUCCAGGUGUGUCUGCGAUCUGUGAUUCCCCACCAUGCACUGGAUGUUCCAGACACAGUGAUUCUUCCACCCUGUGCUGUUCAACACUGCUCCCAAACCAGCUUCCUCUUUCAGAAUUCCAGUAAGCUACAGACAGUAUUCAGGUGGUUUGUGGAUCCUCCGUUCCAGCUGUCUCCUGAAACUGGACAGCUAAAGCCUGGAGAAGAGCGCAGGGUUAUGGUAGAGUUUAGACCUCAGCAGGCUCUAGUGUACAAGGCUGAGGCCAGCUGUGCGUUUGGUACUGAUGGAGAGAGCAGAUGUGCUGUACUUCUGUGUGGGCUGUCCAAAUACCCGCACCUCCAGAUCAGCUCAACGGGACAGGAGGAGGGCUGUAAGGUGCUGGACUUUGGCAGUGUGGCAGUUGGAGAAUUUCUUGAAAAGCACUUUGAGAUCCACAACCCCUCCACUGUAUGCUCUCUCCAUCCUGCAUUUUUAGACAUAACAUAUUGAAUAUUUGGUCGACCCUUUAAAUUAAGUG